GAUGUAAUUUUCUGCAGACUAAAAGGGCGCGCGAAAAUAAAAAAAAAAUCUGGUACGAACUCUUCUCACCUUGGCUUUGUUUUUUUCGCCCUUUUGCUCAGUCCAUUUCCUGUACUAUUUUGUUCUAUUUCUCAAUAAUGGAGACGCAUAAGCGUAGGACGUCAAAGCUGUCCUUGGAGCCAAACCCCUUUGAGCGCAGCUUCUCCUUGGCGCAUGCGGACGAGUCGCAGUCAGGACGGAGCUCGGUUGGCAAUGCCAAUUCGUCCAAGCCAAUAACGCUGCCGCCGGUAACUGCCAUAAACAGCCCGCUUGGCCAUGAGGGCGUAUCGGCAGCAUGGGGGCGGGACUCGCUGCGCAGCGGGCCUUUAUCUCCAGCAAUGCUGGGCGGACCCGCAGCACCGACAAGCCGUGCACGCAUAACACCACGGCUGGGCCUAACGGACCCCACCCUGCACACGGGGCUGACGCCGUUCCUGCAGGGCGAGACACACCCGACGGUCAGCAGUAUCCUGGGCACCAGCACCAUCGAUGGAUCAAAGCCGUCGCCGGGGUUCCAGGCGCUGCUGAGGGCGGUCAGUGGCAGCGAAAUAACAGCGACGCCCGGCGGCACGCUGCAUGUGAAGCCAUUGCAAAACGUAUCGGCCUCAGUCACAGCUACGGUGCUGCAAAGGUCACCCAGACCAAUGAUAGCGGCGGCAGGGAGGAAUCUGCAGAGCGCAUCGCAGACGCAGGUGAAUGUGACCUCAGCGACAUCACCCGCUACAUUUAAACAUGACGUAAUUUCCAUCAAACCACCCUCGCCACCUGCAAUCUCGCUGUCGACUAUACCAGAGCCACAGCCCAGAGCAGCAGCCGGGAAUCUGUUGCCACCGCCGCCGGGGCGUGUCCCCGAUAGCGGCUAAUGUUCCAAUGGAACUGAGUAGUAAGAAUAUUGCAACGGCAAAGCCUGCUGCGUCCAGCAAGCGACGACCCAUGGAUCCUAUACUUCAAUCGGCGACUGCACCCGCAGCAGCAGCUGCGCAGAAGACUCAUCAGAACCACCAGCAGUAGCAACAGCAUCAGCACCAAAGGCGCCACCCAAAACGGCCAAGCGCAGCCGCGGGAAGGGAGCCAAGGCUCCCGU